CAUCAGAGACGUGUUGAAGGCGGGUAGAGCCGGUUAGACCCGGGUUAGAGGCGGGUAAAGGCGAGGUAGAGCCGGGUAGAUCCGGUUUAGAGCCGGUCCGACCCGGGAGGACAUGUCGUCCUGAGAGCAGCGGGGUGCAGUGUGAUGCAGCAGCUGUGUGAUGGGAGACGAUGGGCAACAAGCAGACAACCUUCACCGAUGAGCAGCUGGAGGCCUUUCAGGACUGCACCUUCUUCACCAGGAAAGAGAUCCUGCGUCUCCACAGCAGGUACCGGGAGCUGGCUCCACACCUCGUCCCCCUGGACUACACCAACAACCCCGACAUCCGGGUCCCCCUGGCCCUGACCGUCGCCAUGCCGGAGCUCAAGGAGAACCCGUUCAGGGACCGGAUCGUGGAGACGUUCUCCGAGGACGGACAGGGUAACCUUAGCUUCAACGACUUCGUGGACAUGUUUUCUGCUCUGAGCGAAACGUCCCCCAGAGAACUCAAAACCAUCUACGCCUUCAAGAUCUACGACUUUAACAGGGACAGCUUCAUCUGUAAGGAGGAUCUAAGGAAGACUCUGAACAAGCUGACUAAAGGAGAUUUGACCCCCGAAGAAGUCACGCUGGUCUGUGACAAAUCCAUCGAGGAGGCCGACCUGGACGGAGACUCAAAGCUGUCCUUCUCCGACUUCGAGAACAUGAUCUCAAAGGCUCCGGACUUCCUGAGUAACUUCCACAUACGAAUAUGAGACAAGAGGACAGACGUCUCCCUCAGACUCGCUGGCGGAGACACCUGGAGAGACCUGACAGAAAGUCUGGUGGCCCAGAGGAACCUGGUUCAGAGGUCUCUGAUACAAGUUAUGGACGGCGAGGGAUGAUGGAUCUUUUUAUACCCAGCAGAGCCGGACCUGGGUCAGAGCCGGACCUGGGGAAGAGCCAGACCUGGGGCACGAUUUCAGAUGGUGCCGGAAUUUCUGUUUUUAUUUUCAACAUUUUAAUUGAUUUUAUUCAACAAUUGUUUUCACAAUUUUGUUUCUUUUUUUAAUGUUUUUUCCAGCUUUUGGUUGCUUUUUUUGUCCUGGUCUUGGACUUGUCUUGAUCUCAACCACUCCUGGUCUUGGACUUGUCUUGGUCUCGACCACUCCUGGUCUUGGACUUGUCUUGGUCUCGACCA